CACCUACCUUGCGCCGUAAUUCUUUAUACUUGAGAUUUAUCUAUGAACAGUAAAUAUAUUUGUCUGCGCAUUCAAAAAAACGAGCACAACUUUUGUGUUUAGAAUACCAUAAAAGACAAUUUUUAAUUGAAACUAUAUUAUAAUUGAAGUACAUUAGUUUUACUAUUUGUUAAGUGAUAUAGUAUUUAUUAAUUAGAAAAUAAUUAUUUAUCUCAGAAAAUGAUGAAAUAGAUUAUUUACUUCCUUUCCUUUGGAUUAUUUCGUCAGUCCGAUUCAUAAUGGCUCAUACGACCGCUUUUGGCUUCAUCUAUUCAUUACUUUUUAGCUGUGUUGUUUCAGCAUUUCAACCACCAACUGCUAUUCAGUUCAUCGGAGUUCCAUCUAUUGACAAGCAUCCAUUAUGUGAUCUCGGCUGCAAAUGCCCAGGAAAAGGGCAGAGUUUUUCUUUACUGGACUGCAGCCAGAGAUAUAUCAAGCAGCUUCCUACUUCCUUACAGUUCGAUUCUUCCAAGCUUACAAGCUUAAAUUUCCAAAACAAUCACAUCGCAGCACUAUCCAUGAGCACAUUUUCGAAAGUGGACCACAUAGAAGAGCUUGACUUAUCAGAGAAUGAAAUAAUGAAGAUUGAAAACUUCACACUACAACCUUUCAUGUCAUUGGCUCUUUUGAGGUUAUCCCAUAAUCAUCUGUCUGAGAUUACUCCUGGUCUUUUGGAGGGAUUGAAAAAUUUGAGAAUUUUAGAAAUUGGUUACAACAGCAUUCAGAGAAUUAAAGCCUCUGCCUUCCAGUCAACACCUCUUCUGCAAGAACUGAGGAUGCAAUACAAUCCUGUAUUUGAACUUCCAGAAAAUAUGCUUCAAUACUUACCCAAUUUGCAGAAAUUGGAUCUCCAAGAUACAGGAUUAGUUAGAUUACCAAGUGAAAUAUUCAAGCCAACUCCUCAUCUUCAGUGGCUUUCGCUGUCCAACAAUGCUUUUGAAACAGUUCCCGAAGAAGCUUUGUCUGAAGCCGAAAUGCUGGAGAGUCUGGAUCUUAGUGGAAAUGACUUCACCUUUUUCGUGCAAGGAGAUUUUAGGAGACUUUCUAAAAUAUCAAUAUUAUACCUCAAUAAUCUCCCGAAAUUGGAAAGAAUUGAGAAGGACGCCCUGGCAGGACUUCAAAAUCUUAAGGCAUUUUAUUGUAGUUUCAAUCCUAAAUUAAUGUUCAUUGAUCAAGAAGCAUUUGGCAGCAAGAAUUCAACAGUAUCUAACUACAGAACACCACCUCGUGAACAGUUGUAUUUGAGGCAAAACGCAUUAAGAACGUUGAAAUCUCCAUUAGAAAAAGAACAAUGGUCUGCUCUCAGUUAUGUUGACUUGGCUGAUAAUCCAUGGAAGUGUGAUUGCAAUAUCGUAUGGAUGACAGUGUUAUCACAGGAGACGAAAAUGAAUAUAGUGUGCGAUAACCCUCCUCAUCUCCGAGGACGCCCUCUUGGAACAAUUCCUGCUGCAGACUUAAAAUGCGAAUUCAAUUGGGAAUUGGCAAACUUUGUUCUGAUCAUUUCAUGCAUUUCAGCAAUCGGUAUCAUUCUCGUAGCAGUAUCAGUAUCAGUUUGCUCCAGAACUCCUGUUGGGCUCUACAUUCGCGCCAAGAAACAAUUUUCUUACGCCAAAGUAACACCUAAAUCUGAAACAUUGGAUUUAGAAUGGGAUCCAUCAGCGGAUAUAUAGUUAUAUUUUAUUGUUUUUUUUAUUGAAAUCUGUGUGAAUUGAAUUUAUAAUAAUUUCUGAACAAGUCAAAAAAUUAAAUGGAAAAUGUCACUCAUAUGCUGACUGUUGAUUAUUAUAGAAGCAUUUAUUCCUUAAAAAUUUCUCAAUGUAAGAUUUUAAUUCGAAUUGAUAUUAUACUAUUUUAUUCGUGUUUUUUUAUCAUAUUGUCUGCUAUUUUCUUAGAGCUGCUACUUAUCCAGAUCGAGUUUUAAAGUAAGACGGAAAAGGUUUAAGACUAGUAAUAACUGGUUUAACUAACUGGUUUAAGGCAAUAAGAGACGAAGUAAGUGAACGAAAAUUCGUCACAAAAAAAAAAUCGAAUUUUCUAUUUUUUGUGUUUAUGAUAUCUAGACAUUUAACUAAACAUUUUAAAAAGAAAACUUUUUAAAUCGGAUCCGAAUUGGCGAAGUUAUGGCGAGUUUUGUUUUGACCACGCCUCUUUGUUUACAUUUUCUUGUCUAUGCUGUAGCUAGCUGUAUACCCAAGUAAGAUUUUGCCUGUUUUUGAAAAUUGCGUUUAUUUUUUUUUUAAUUUUAAAGCAUCUAAUUAUUUAACUAGUUCAUAACAUAAUAUUUAUAGUAAUUAACGUUUUAAAAAAAGAAAAUAUACAUUCGAAAGCGGAAUUAGCAAUAAAUAACUAGAAAAAGCCAUUUUUCUCAAAAUGUCCUUUUUGGCAAAUUUACGAAUUUCAAACUGCUCAUGCAAAAUGAAAUUUUUAUUCUAUUGAGCUGAAAAUUUGAUACUAUAUACUUAUGAAUGUUAUUAACACUUUGUUGGAGAAGUUUUUUUUCAUCAUCAUCAAAUUUUAUCUGGGCGCCUGAGGCCGUUAGUGGCCCUUUUCCCAUCCGUUUUGAAAUGUUGUCUUUAAGGUGGCUCUUUCUGGUAAUUGGAAAAAUGCAAAUUGGAGUGAAAUGGAAAUUAAAUAUUUUGUAUUUUGGAUAAGAUUACGUCACUGCAAUAGUAAGCUGCCAUCGGCCUGAGAUUUAUGUCUUCUCUAAAGAAAUUUUUCUAAAAAAAAUGUAUUAUAUUUAUAUAUGAUCUUUUAUUAUAUUUAUACUUGGAAUUAUAUUAUAUUCUAUAAUAUUUAUACUUAGCAUUGUAUUUAUAUAUGAUCUUUUAUCACUAUCUGAUGCUUUUUUUCCUAAAAUGCUCAUUUUUGACUGCUCUUUUAUGUAAAUUUCGGUAGUAAUUUUAUUUCGAUAUUAAAUAAAUAAAUAAAUAGAUUACUCCCAACGA